GGGGAUGAUUCCGCCACCUAAUGCGCAGCAAAUGAUGUAUGGGCAACAAAUGGUUAUGAGACCGUAUGGUGUUCCUCACAUGCCUAAUGGUUAUCCUGCUAUGCCUCAACCUCCUCCUCAAGGCGCUAUGCUUCAUCCCGUUUCUUGAAUGGUUUCGGUGAGAAAGGUGGGAAGGCUUCAUAUUGCAGUUCAUUAGAGACUACUGCGUACUCCAACUGCUUUUUUGGUAUGAGUACGUCUGCUUGGUUUUGCUUUUAUUUUCAUUUAUCAUUGCAAGGCCAUUUGCUUUCGAACACAUCUAUUUCCUGUGAAGUACCAGAAGUGGAGCUUUCUCACCAUGGACAUAUAACUUUUCUAUGUUAUGUAAUGUCUGGAUAUGCAUGUCCUACAGUAGAUUUACUUUUAGUAAUAAGGGUACUACCCCUUUGUUGGGAUCUUGAUUCUUGAAAUGCUGGCAGCAGACUUUGUUAACAACUGAAAUGCAAGUUGCCUAUACUCCAAGGUAUCACAAUCUUUUCAUUUUACUUGCUUGUGUUGUCUUUCCGGCUAUUAUUUUGUUGUACAUGAUGACGUUAAUUUUUAACAUGUGGAAAGAUUGUCUUAAAAUAUGUUAUCAUGCUAUCAAUUGCAUUAAUGAUGAUGAGACGCUGGAAGUCUCAUCUUAAUGUAUUCAAACCUCGCAAAUCAUUCUUGGGAAUUUGGACCGUUUGAUCAGAUUUCUUUGCAAGUGGAUGCAUAAGGUAAGCCCUGUUCACAUGUUAGUGAUUUAUGAAUGGAUGUUAUUAUCUUUAUCCUUCAGGUUAUCUGUUCAGCUCGUGAGUGUUCUCAAUUCUCAUGCCUAUGGUGCCAUCUCAUAAUGCUUGUAAUGUUUGGUAAUAACAUUUGUUCAGCCUUACAGUUUUCUUUCGUGAAUGAGAUGUAGGCGUUGAGUGUUAGACUUGUCUCUGCUUUGUAAGCUUGGCCUAAUAAAUAUUCCUAGACGCCUUUGUCCAUUUAUGCAGGAAUUCCGCGUUAUGUAUCACCAUACACACCAAUGGCUCGACCAAUGUUUCCUCCACGCCCACCGGGUGCAGUUGGCAUUAUUCCUCCCGUGAUGCGCCCUCCAAUCCCCAUAGUACGUCCUCCAAUCAUUCCUCCUGCUGCUAGGCCAGCGGCCAUCCCAAACACUACUCAAACAGAGAAACCACAAACGACAGUUUAUGUUGGCAAGAUAUCGUCCACUGCGGAAAAUGAGUUUAUGCUUUCUCUUUUGGAGCUCUGCGGGCCUGUUAAGAGUUGGAAGCGUGCUCAAGAUCCGACAAAUGGAUCUCUGAAAGGUUUUGGGUUUUGUGAGUUUGAGUCUGCUGAAGGGGUUCUCCGUGCAUUAAGAUUGCUCAACAAAUUAAACAUUGACGGGCAGGAUCUAAUGUUAAAUGUCAAUCAAGCAACUCGUGAUUACCUUGAACGGUAUGUUGAAAAGAAAGCAGAAAGCUCAAAGAAGCCCAAAGAGUCUGAAACUGAAGGUGCUGAAAAAGAAGAAGAAAGUGCAUCAGGUGGGGAGAAGAAAGAAAAUGCAACGACUUCUAUAGAUCCUCCAGAAUCUACUACAGAAGAAUCAAAGAAAGAUAGUGGUAAUAAAGGGAACAAAGAAAAUCUCGAUGCUGCUAACUUUGGUCUGGUCACUGACGAAGAUAGGCAAUCUGACAAAGAGGCCUUGGAGAAGCUCAAGGAUAUGAUAGAGGAAAGGCUGAAGAAUAAACCAUUACCACCUCCACCUCCACCUCCACAAACAGCUAAAGAUGGUUCUGAUAACUCACAUACGGAAAACCUCAAAGAUGGGGAACUAGGUAGAGAUGCAGCAAAAAAUGAAGACAAAAAUGAUGAUGUCAGUGAAAAUAAAACAUCAACUGAGCAUGACAAGGCUGAGAUGAGCUCACCAGACCAUCGUAGGCAUGAUAGGAGAAGCAGGGACCGGGAGAGGGAUUUGAAGAGGGAAAAGGAAAGGGAACUCGAAAGGUAUGAGAGAGAACGUGAACAAGAACGAGCUAAGAGAGAGAAGGACAGAGAGUACAAGACCCGCGAAGAUGAGCGCCGGUACAAGGUCCGUGAAAAAGAGUGGGAAACUAGAGAAAGGGAGAGAGAACAUUGGCGGAAAAGAGAGAGAGAAAGGGAGAAAGAAAGGGCUCAGGAGCGCAAAUGGGAUAUAGUGGAGCAAGAACGUGAAUGUGAAGAUGGUUAUAGAAAAAGGAAACACAGGACUAGUGACGAGGAGAGGAAACGACGGCAGAGGGAGAAGGAAGAUGACUUGGCCGAUAGGUUUAAAGAAGAAGAAGAGAUUGCUGAGGCCAAGAGAAGAGCAGACGAGGAACAGCAGAAAAAAGAGCAGGAGGAGGCAUUGAAAAUCCUUUCUGGUCAUCUAACUAAUGGACGCGAAAAGGCUGUUCCAUAUGAGGAAAACAAUCUUGAUAGCCAAGAUAAGAAUAUCGAGACAGCUCACGAUAAUUUAAGUCCAGGCGAAGGAGUUGUGCAAAAUGGGACUGAUGAAGAAUCUGUGUUGGCAGCUACUGCUGCAUCAGAUAUGAGGCAUAAUAGCAAUGCCCCAGCGAAAAGGUUAGAAUUUGGCCUCCUAGGGUUAGGGAAAAGAGCUGCUGUCCCUUCUUUCUUCAAUGCAGACGAGGAUGAGGAUGCUCAAAAAGAAAAGAAAAUGAGGCCAUUGGUACCAAUUGACUACUCAGCUGACGAUCAACAUAUGGUUGAACCUUCCAUCUCUGAAGCAUCGCCGGCUGUGGCUGCAGAAUUUGCUAAACGUGUCAACUCUAAAGAAGAGAGGCCUGAUGGAGAGAAGGACAGACACAGAAGAACUCAUGACAGAUCCAGCCAGAGAGAUCGGGACAAGCAUGAUGAGGAGACUAACCGAACUAGGGAUGACAGCAGAAACCAUGAUCAUGACAGAGGCCGGGAACCCAGACCUGAUAAGGUUAAGACGCCUGAUAAUCAGAAGCUUUUAGAUGCAAAGCAAUUGAUCGACAUGAUUCCAAAGACCAAAGAUGAGUUGUUCUCUUAUGAGAUAAAUUGGGCGAUUUAUGACAAGAAUGCACUGCAUGAAAGGAUGAGACCGUGGAUCAGUAAGAAGAUAACCGAUUUUCUUGGUGAGGAGGAACCGACGCUGGUAGACUACAUCGUGUCCAGCACUCAAGAACAUGUCAAGGCAACUGAGAUGCUUGAAAGGCUCCAAAGUAUAUUAGAUGAAGAAGCAGAAAUGUUUGUUCUGAAGAUGUGGAGGAUGCUUAUAUUUGAAAUUAAGAAAGUUGAGACAGGUUUGGCUUUGAGGCCCAAAUCCUGAUUUCAGCUAUCUCCUCCCUGUAACUUAGUACCAUAUUCAUAAUGUUCUUGCUACUCUGUUACUGAUCAAAAUAGAAAAAUGUUCUUGCUACUCUGUCAAAUUAUUGGAGAGCUGUUUUCUUUCAAGCAUAAAUGAUAAGUAGUUUAGGUCAAAGUUGGUUAUUUUGUAAUUCUCUUAAUUCAUUCCAGCUUCAAGUUUA